GCCGCUUCAGCGUUACAUCCAUGAGGAGCGUGAGAUUAAUCACCGUCAUUGCACCGCUGCAACCCUGUUCCUUUUGUCCUGGCACUCCCUGGCCCGCAUGAGGAGCUGCCUGAUCACUACGCCAGAGAUGUUGGUAGGCAGCCAUCUACGCCAUCCGACUCUUUGUUCUGACCCCGCUGGUCUUGGCUGGGACGUAUGCGGUCAGCGGAGGUGUCUAGUAGAUACUGGAGACUGAGUCAGAGAUAAUGAAGCCGCACCUCGAGCACGAGGUUGGGCUAGCCUGAGGGCCGCUUCUCGGCCACAAGGGGGGUCUAAAGCGAUCGAAACCAUAAAAGGCGACCUCCACUUCCCCCGUCUCUUCCCCAACUCUCUCCCCAAAUUCUCCGCGUUUCAUUUUCGUUGGCCGAUAUUGUGCAAAGCAUAUCCACUUCGUCCUGAACCUCAACCGCUUGUCAUCCACCAUGGGGGAGAAGACUUCCGACCCUGAGGCACCAAGUCUCUCCCACCAUGAGUCUUCCAUAUCUAUUGAGAAGCAAGGAGGAGAUGCAGCUACUGCUCGAGAGUGGGCUCAUGAUGUGAACAAAAGCACCACGACCAACACUAAACUCAAGAAUCCUCUUGCCGGGUUGACUCGAGAACAGCUCCUGAGUGAAGUCGAGGCUUUCGCGAAGGAGAAAGAUCUCGAACAUAUCCUCGACGAUCUGCAAAAAGGAGCUCUUGUCGCACAGGAUCCCAGAGAGUUUGAGCAGAUGGACGAGCUGACGGAGAGUGAGAAAGAGCUACUUCGACGGGAGAAGACGCAUCGAUGGAGUCAGCCGUUUAUGAUGUAUUUCAUGACAAUCCUCUGUGCUGGAUCUGCUAUCGUGCAGGGAAUGGAUCAGACUGCCGUCAACGGUGCACAGGAGUUCUACUUUGCUGAAUUUAAUGUCACCGACACUUGGAUGCAAGGCCUCCUGAACGGCGCUCCCUAUCUGUGCUCCGCCGUCAUCGGAUGCUGGACCACUGCGCCCCUGAAUCGCUGGUUUGGUCGCCGCGGAUGCAUCUUCAUCUCCUGCUUUAUCUCCUUUGCCGCCUCAUUCUGGAUGGCGGCCGCGCAUACCUGGUGGAAUUUGUUGCUCGGCCGUUUCCUCCUGGGGUUUGCCGUGGGCGCCAAAUCCACAACCACGCCGGUGUAUGGCGCCGAGUGCUCCCCGGCUAAUAUCCGCGGUGCUUUAGUCAUGAUGUGGCAGAUGUGGACGGCAUUUGGCAUUAUGCUGGGGUAUAUUGCCUCUGUUGCGUUUAUGGAUGUGACGCAUCCCACAAUCCCGGGCUUCAACUGGCGAUUGAUGCUAGCGUCUACCGCCAUUCCGCCCUUCUUCGUCUGCAUCCAGGUCUACUUUUGUCCCGAGUCGCCGAGGUGGUACAUGAUGCGCAACCGCUACGACGAUGCGUACAAGGCGCUCUGCAAAUUCCGUCCGUCAACGUUCCAAGCUGCGAGAGACCUGUACUAUAUCCAUGCUGCUCUAACGGUGGAGGAGAAGCUCCGCGAGGGCAAGCAUUUGUUCCGCGAGAUGUUCACCGUCCCGCGCAACCGACGUGCGGCGCAGUCAUCUUUCUUCGUCAUGUUCAUGCAGCAGGCAAAUCAACCUCUUUCCUUCUGUGGUGUCAAUGCCAUCAUGUACUAUUCCUCGUCGAUGUUCCGAGAAGCCGGUUUUGACACCCGUAUGGCACUCGUCACUUCUCUCGGAUGCGGCAUCACCAACUGGAUCUUCGCCCUGCCAGCCGUAUACACGAUCGACACCUUUGGACGACGGAAUCUGCUGCUAACCACGUUCCCUUUGAUGUGUAUAUUCCUGCUCUUCACUGGCUUCUCCUUCUACAUCCCCGAUCAAACCUCUCGGACAGCCUGCGUCGCGACUGGCAUAUACCUCUUCAUGAUUGUGUACUCGCCCGGCGAAGGCCCGGUACCAUUCACCUACUCUGCAGAAGCUUUCCCCCUCUACAUCCGAGACAUCGGCAUGUCCUUCGCAACAGCCACAACGUGGGGCUUCAACUUCAUCGUCUCGCUGACCUGGCCGUCGCUCAAUAAAUCGUUCACGCCCACCGGUGCCUUUGGAUGGUACGCGGCGUGGAACUUCUUCGGCUGGAUCUUUUGUUAUUUCUGUCUGCCGGAGACUAAGGCGCUCUCGCUGGAGGAGCUGGAUCAGGUCUUUUCGGUUCCGACGACCAAGCAUAUCAAUCACUAUCGGGCGAUGUUGCCGUGGUAUGUCAAGAAGUAUUUGCUUCGGAGAGAUGUGCCAGCGCAGAAGCAGCUUUACGAUUAUUAUUAGGGAUGGUGUAUGUGUGGAUUGUGGAUAGUGAGUGCGGGGAUAUAUUUCUUGACUUUGUGCUGUUGGCCUAGUUUAUGGCAGUAUCUGUCUCGGUCUUGCUGUCUCAGUUGAUCAAUACUCGAUAAUUGCUCUAUAACCACUUUGUAGCGAUAAUGCCAUGCUAUUUCUUACAAUUAAUGCAGUCGUCCCUGUUUCCCGAUCAGG